UCCAGCUCCCAUUAACCCCUCAGGACCUCUGCGGAAGGGGAGAGGUUUCUUUUUAUCACCUUACGAUUAAGCAAUCCAACUUCAGGGGCAAAGCUACAGGAACUGGGCCUCAGCAUCUGGAGUGGGACUUGAGAAUUCCUUCAGAGUGACUUGGGGAUCUCACAGGGUGCAGCAGCUGCUGGCCUUCCAUGAUGUGGCCCUGUGCUCUGGUCCUGGUUUCUCUCAUGGCUUGCACAGCCUGGGCAGGGAACCCGUUCUCGCCCCCAGUGGUGGAUACUGUGCAUGGCAAAGUCCUGGGGAAAUACAUCAGCUUGGAAGGAUUUGCACAGCCCGUGGCCAUCUUCUUGGGAGUCCCUUUUGCCAAGCCCCCUCUUGGAUCCCUGAGGUUUGCUCCUCCACAGCCUGCAGAACCAUGGGAUCAUGUGAAGAACACCACCUCUUACCCUCCCAUGUGCUCCCAACUCACAGGAGCAGGGCCAGUGCUCUCUGAGAUCUUUACCAACAGACUGGAAAACAUACCUCUUGAGUACUCAGAAGACUGUCUUUACUUAAACAUAUACUCUCCUGCUGACCUGAUGAACAAAAUCCGGCUGCCGGUGAUGGUGUGGAUUCACGGAGGUGGUUUAUUGUCUGGUGGGGCAUCAACCUUUGAUGGAGUGCCACUCUCUGCUCAUGAGAACGUUGUGGUGGUAACCAUUCAGUACCGCCUGGGAAUCUGGGGAUUCUUUAGCACUGGGGACAAACACAGCCCAGGAAACUGGGGUCACCUGGACCAGGUGGCUGCACUGCGCUGGGUGCAGGACAACAUUGCCAACUUUGGAGGGAACCCAGGCUCAGUGACCAUCUUUGGAGAAUCAGCAGGAAGUGAAAGUGUCUCUGUUCUUGUAUUAUCACCCCUAAGCAAGAACCUCUUCCACCGGGCUAUUUCUGAGAGUAGUGUGGCUCUCACUCCAUGCCUGUUCAGGAGGAGCACCCAGCCUGCAGCUCAGCAAAUUGCUAUUACUGCUGGGUGUGAAACCACCACAUCAGCUGCCAUGGUUCAAUGUCUGCGCCAGAAGACAGAGGACGAGCUCUUGGAGACCACACUGAAAAUGAAAUUUUUUACUCUUAAUGUACAUGGAGACCCCAGAGAGAGCUAUCCCUUUCUGACCACUGUGAUUGAUGGAAUGGUGCUGCCAAAGGCACCUGAAGAGAUUCUGGCUGCAAAGACCUUCAGCGCUGUCCCCUACAUUGUGGGAAUCAACAAGCAAGAGUUUGGCUGGUUUAUUCCAACGAUGAUGGGUUUUCCACUCUCUGAAGGCAAACUGGAUCAAAAGACAGCCACGUCACUCUUGUGGAAGUCCUAUCCUCUUACCAACAUCUCUGAGGAACUGGCUCCAGUGGCCACUGAGGAGUAUUUAGGAGGGACAGAUGAUCUUGUCAAAAAGAAAGACCUGUUUCUAGCCUUGAUGGGAGAUGUGAUGUUUGCCGUUCCAUCUGUGAUUGUGGCCCGUGGCCACAGAGACGCUGGAGCCCCCACCUACAUGUACGAAUUUCAGUAUCGUCCAAGCUUCUCAUCAAACUUGAAACCCAAGACAGUGAUAGCAGACCAUGGGGAUGAAGUCUACUCUGUCUUGGGGAUCCCAUUUUUGAAAGAGCAUGUCUCAGAGGAAGAGAUCAACCUCAGCAAGAUGGUGAUGAAGCUCUGGGCCAACUUUGCUCGCAAUGGGAACCCCAAUGGGGAGGGGCUGCCCCACUGGCCAAAGUAUGAUGAAAAGGAAGGAUACCUGCAAAUUGGUGCCAGUACUCAGGCUGCCCAGAGGCUGAAAGAGAAGGAAGUGGCUUUCUGGACUGAACUCAGGGCCAGGGAGGCAGUGGAGAAGCUACCCCAAGGAGAACACAUUGAGGAGUAAGUAAGAGGAUCAGCCAGCCUCAGAAUCCUGGAGCAGCCAACACAGGUGUAUUCUAGAGAUGUUGUUUAUAGGCUGAAGGUAUAUCCUGUGGAGGCUGGAGAAUUGUUUGUUGGGCAUAAGCAGCAGACAGGGAGAAAGCAUGUUUGUCCUUGUAUCUUCAAUUUGUGAAAUAAAUACUCUUUUGGA